UGGCGGGAUUGAUCUCGUGUGAUAUAACUGUGUUAGAUGGUUAGAUUAGUUUUAAAAUUGUAGUGAUAAACAUAGAAUAGUUAUUAAAAUGACUAGAGCUAAAAUAGAACUUGGCGACGUGACACCGCAUAAUAUAAAACAGUUAAAAAAGUUAAAUACAGUCGUAUUCCCAGUGUCUUACAACGACAAGUUUUACAAAGACGUUUUGGAAGCUGGUGAACUUGCGAAACUAGCAUAUUACAAUGACAUCGUAGUUGGUGCAGUAUGCUGUAGGAUAGACACGUCAGAGAACUCACGGAGGCUAUAUAUAAUGACUUUGGGUUGUUUGUACCCGUACAGAAGAUUGGGUAUUGGUACUUUGAUGGUGGAACAUGUGCUCAAGUAUGUUGAACAAGACGGAAAUUUCGACAGCAUUUUCCUACAUGUGCAAGUCAAUAAUGAGGGUGCAAUAGACUUUUACAAGAAAUUUGGUUUUGAAAUUGUUGAAACAAAAGAACAUUACUAUAAGAGAAUAGAACCGGCCGAUGCCCACGUGUUGCAGAAGACGAUCAGAGAAACUAGCACCGCUGCACCUCUACUCAAUGGUACUGUUUCACAUGCUAAAACAAAUGGACAUGAUUGAGGUCAAUUAUGAACCCCAACAGUUACUUCAAAAGCCUCUACUCGGUUGUUAUAGUGGAACAAGCAAGUGAUAAAAUGUGUUUUAAGCGUUUAGUCACUUGGUUAAAUGGUUUGAAUAAAAUAAGACAUUAAUGAGUUACUCAAUAAGUAAUGGGUGUAAAUGUAUGAGGCCAUAAAAUGAAUAAAAAUGACUGAUUAUUCUGGAACUCUCGGCUCAUUCAGUGUUGUACAUAAAACUUCCAUGAUUUAAUACUUGCACUUUUAUCAAAAAGAUUCUAAUGCAUAUUGCAUUUUUGAAUCAUGUAUUGAAUAAUCUAGUAUCUACUUGUACAGGA